UAUCCUUAGCAUAACUACAGCUGCGUUGACAGGAAGGACAAAUCGACGUUCCUAGACCAAGUUUGGAUCUGUCGCUGAGACUUUGGUUCAGCAUGACGAUAAAUGGCUGCUACUGUCACUGAGCAGAACGUGAGCGUCGUUGGCCUCUUGCCCCGCGGUGGAGUUCAAGCCUCAUCUCGCGCGGCCGGCCGACAGUGAGCGCGAGGUGUUUCGGUUCGUGCCGCGUGAAGAGUUGAACGCGUGACGGUUUCACUCGGGCCUUGCUUUUUUUCGAAGAAGCACUGCCAACAUGGACGAAGAGCUUACAUCUACGAGCAACGUGGCCACGCCGUUGUGGAGAAGGUCUGCGGCAGCCUCUUAUGCUGUAAGCGAGAGCCAGCCUUCGGCUGUAGAACAGUCCGACCCCUCCUUCGAUCAGAGCGUCUCUGGCGAGGCGUCGAGUCAGGAUAAAGUGCCUUCAGGCUCCAAAAAAAUAACACACGGGUCUGCCCUUUUGAGUAGCAUCACCAGACUCCAACCUACACCACUCUCAAUUGUAGCUUCGAAUAGGAUACUGAACAAGAUGGAGUUGCAGAUGGCAAGCGGGCCCAAAUGGAUGUUUAUCCGGCGUUUCACCCUUGCUUUGUUUUUCAUCGCUGUGAUAUGCUUUGUAGCAGCAGCCAUGGUGAUCGUCAUUCAAACCCCCGAAUGUAAGGUUAUUCCUCAAUUGGGAUGGUGGCAGAAGGGACCAUUAUAUCGCAUUGCUCUUCAAUCGUUCCGCGAUACGACUGGGAAUGGAAUGGGAGACCUCCGAGGAAUUCAGCUGCAGUUAGAAUACAUCGCUCAGCUGAGUGCAGUUGCUGUGAUCGUUGUACCUUAUAACAACUUAAAUCAAACUGUUAACACAUUGAAUCCUUCAAGAUUUCUUGGUGAUAUCUUUGGUAAUAUCCAAGAAAUGAAAGCUUUAUUAAACUCAGCUGCAAAAUAUGGUUUGAAGGUUAUCCUUGAUCUUACUUUAUUUUCUGCUCAACUUGAAAGUGACAAUUCAACCAACACUCAAUCUGAUACUGUGGAACUUUCGCAGAAUUUACUGACAGAAAUUCGUACCUGGUUCAGAGAGGGCGUAGAUGGAAUCUUCCUCAAAAUGAAUUCAGUGAAUUUGAAGAAAGAAAUCUUUAUAGAACUUCUGAAAACAUUGAAAAAAAUGGCUGGAAGAUACAGUAAAUCUUCAAAACAAAGAGUAUUCAUUAUUGCUACUAGUAUAGAAGAUCCAGACUACUUAAUUUCAGUUCUAAUGGAAGUUCCCGGAGUAAUGAUUUUCGUUUAUUAUCUGAAUGAUUUGUUAACAAGUUCUAAAACAGUUGAAAAAGCCAGGACAUUGAAUAAUUAUUAUUAUGAGCAGAAUUUUGCAUGGUCCGGUUUCACUUUUGGUGAAGGACAUAUUGCAUCUAUGAUCCCUGAAGAACAUCAAGGAAUUUAUGUCAAAUUGUUUGCAGUACUUUUAUUAACAAUGCCUGGGACUCCAGUAUUUUAUUAUGGAGAUGAGAUUGCGCUCAAAGACUAUAAGGAAUCGGAAUAUCCUCUAAUGCGAUGGGACAAAUCUAAAUAUGCAGGAUUUACAAAUAGUGUUCCUUGGAUUUUACCAGGUUUGAGUGUAUACACACUAACUGUUAAUCAACAGUCUGAAGAUCCAUUAUCAACUUUGUCAUUUUACAGAGCACUUGGAAAAAUAAGAACUGAAGAACAAUCCUUGCAGUAUGGUGACUUCAACAUAAUGAUAAAUACAACAAAUAUCCUUGCAUAUAUAAGGCAAUGGCAGGAGACAGGAAUUUUAGUUAUUUUGAAUUUUGGUCAUGCAGUUACUUAUGAUUUUACUGCAUUAAAUUUAUCUUCAACUGCUCUUUUGCUUGCAAAGUCUACAGAUUUAACCCAAUGUAAAUUAAUACGUUUGCACACUAUGGCAAUUGAAGAAAACAUGGGAUAUGUACUAAAAUAUUAUAAGGGAAAAUAGUUCUUGAUCUACGAUAAGUUUUAAGUGAAUAGAAUAUUAACUGAAUAGAAUUAUAUUAACAGUAUGAUUUUGAAAAAGCAAGCACACUGAUUGCUUCUCAU